ACGGAGUACGGACGAUCGCAUGGGCGUGGGCGGUACUGUACCCCUGUCGCGCAGUCGCGAACAAUUAGCGCGCGGGGCGGCGCGGCCGGCGCGUCACUAUAAUGUGGUUAGUCAGUGAGCGGCGGGGCCGCACCGACGAGCAGCCCGAGGAGUCGCGCUGGUCGCUGAGCCAGCGCGCCGGCCACAGCACGGUGGAGUUCAAGAGCGCGGCGUGCGCGGGCGCCGCUGAGCCGCCCGCGCCGCCUCUCGCCGCGCUGCCGGACCCGCAGCAGUUCAACAUAUUCCCGGCCUUCUUCAGCCGCCAGCUCAACUUCACCGGCGGCGGUGGAUGCGGCCAGGGCUCCAAGAUCAUGGAGGAGCUGCGCCCCAACCUCGUUGGGGGCCUGCUCGGAGUGCCCGGUCUUUUGGAUGAGCAUCAAGCGGAUGCGAAGUUCUUGCCGUCCAGCGGUGAGAGCAAAUACACCCCGGAUAAAGGGAGGAAGUGCAGCAAUGCGUCGUCUUCGUCGGCGGAGGAGUUCGGGGGGUUGUACGGUGGCGAGCAUGCAGCGACGCCGCCGGCGCCACCGUUGAGUCGGUCCCUACAAGAUCACACAGCGGAAGGCGCGUUCAAAAAAUUAAAACCGGAGCCAGGCGGGAGUAGUACAGGCACGUCUGGUGGGUCCUCUGCCUUGUCCCCAUCGCUGGGCCCCCAGCACGCCGGCCACACGCCGACCACAGCCUCGUGUCCCACGCCCGCGCGCCGGAGACACCGCACCACCUUCACGCAGGAGCAAUUAGCAGAAUUAGAAGCGGCAUUCGCGAAGUCACAUUAUCCUGACAUCUACUGUCGGGAGGAGCUCGCGAGGACCACCAAAUUGAACGAGGCGAGGAUACAGGUGUGGUUUCAAAACCGGCGUGCGAAGUACCGCAAGCAAGAGAAGCAACUGCAGAAGGCUCUCGCGCCCGCGGUGCUGCCUGGCUGCAACGGCAUGAUGCGAAACAUCCAGGGGUACCGUGGGUACCAACCUUACCCGCACCCUAACACCAUCAACAGAUACCCACAGCAUCACGGGAGCUACGAGGAGCUGCAGAAGGACAUAUUCUCGCUGUCGCAGAUGGGCGGCGGGUCGUAUCCCAUGCCACAAGGCUUCUCCAUGGGCCACGGGGCCAACAUGAGCGCCGUCGGCAUGCGGCAAGAUACUAUGAGCAUGAGCGCUGAAGACGAGUGGUAUAACAAGUCUUUGUCCGCCCUACGGAUGAACAGCGGCCACCACGCCAACCUAGCGGCCGCACCCAUGCUGCAGUACCAGACCUAAUCGCUGCUGCACGGCGCCGACUACUCGCCGGCGCCGGCGCACGACUACGCGCCGCCGUAGUCGCCGCGCAAUAAAUCGCGAGCCACAGCUCGAACACCAAGGACUCGAAGUGAAUUUGUAGGGGUACGAUACGACACACGACGCCAGGAUAUAGCAAACUUUGCUAUAGUGAAAGAAGUCGUGACUAAAGGAAAGCCAUUGUGUACAGUACGAUUCAAACUUUAUAGCAGUUGCAAGGUUUACAUCAUACUGCUCAAAUUAACAUACAAUCUCAAUGUGGAGCAUGGAUUGGGUAGGUAUCUCGUGACACACGAGACUCUCCUUAAGGCACCUCGCGCGCUAGACGGCCACCACAACGGCCAGUGGUCGCAACGACCAGAUUACUAAAGAAACCAUACAAACUGACUGAAACUGAACUUAAAAGGAUGCGAAACGUCAAUAAAUAGAUAAAUCAGUACAUCUAUACCGUUAAAAAUUGUUUUAUUUAAUGAGUGGUGUACGUGAAAACCUAAGAAACAAAUAACCAUAUUACAAACGUCACGCAGUUGGCCGCAAUAGUCAACCUUAGUUAGUCUGGUCGUUGCGGCCACUGACCAUGGUCGUAGCCGUCUACGGGGUGCCUUAAGUAGAAUCACGUUUGUCACCAGGGGGUCAAUCACCUAAAGAGAUUGCUAUGGCAAUCGCUAUUGCUUACGAUCUCUCUUCUUCUUGCAACGGGCGUUUCCGCAACUCGGAGUCCUUAUGGCGCCUGUUUUGCG